AUGCGGACAGCGGCAGCGAGGCGCACAAGGCGGUACGGGGGAUGCGUUCACUCGCUCGUACCUCCCUUUGGUUGGAUGGAGACGACACAUAAGACAACGUUGGGAGCGCUGCAUGGACGGCGGGUGCACGGUAUUCUUCUUGGUUCUCUAACCUUGUCGUCACCGGUGCCGCGCGCUGCUGUGACGCUUCUCCUGCGUAGUGGCAACAGCGCUCGCUCACAUGGGUCGGGAGACGUCGUUGCUGCCACGUGUGCACGGCACAAACGACAGGAUCCCUUGUUUGUGCCGCUGUUUAGGUAG